AUGUUCCACAGGAAACCACCCGGGAGGUGCCUCCUGGAGUCGCAGGUUGCCCUCUUCUGUGCUGUUCUUGCCGUCUUCCAGCGCGCGGCCGGUGUUCCCUCUGCUUCCCAGCGCGUUGACAUGGAUCAGCGCGGGGGGACGGCACUGGCGACACAGCGGACCAGGCGCGUGUCGGAGGAGGCAGCGGAUGA